UCCAGGAAGAAAACAGGAAAGAAGCGCCGUCCAUCCACCCCAUCAGGUGGCCGCUCGCCCACAAUUUGAGUAUAAAUUCUCCCUGAAUUCCAAACCACCCGUGUUCGCUCGACUUUCUUUGAGUCACUUAGCAUUGAAGCCAUUUACUGCAGUUGCUGGCAUCGGUAAAUAACAAUGCAGUCCUUAGCGGAACCUUAAAUCUAACGGGCGAAAGAAAUAAAAGACCACAUUAAGCUUUAGCCCUGCCUGCAUAUUUAUAAUUUUUGGAGGUGGGAGUCUAGAUGGCGUUUUGCAGAAGUCACCUCUCCUGUCUAACCGUCCUGGGGACAGCCUGCCUGGCGCUCCUGCUUGUCUGGAUGGCACCUGGGACAGAAGCGGCAGUUUACCACCAUGCAGGGAAAUGCAAGCACAAGGAGAAGCUGUUCAAGCCAGGAGAGUCCUUCACAAGAGGCUGUGAUAAAUGCUACUGCCACAAGAUGGGAUUCACCUGCGUCACACCCACAAAGCCAACAUCUUGGCCAGAAUCUUGCAAGCCCAUCUUUUCCCGGUGUGAAUAUCGCAUCGUGUCCCGGGACGACCCAGACAGACAAUGCCGUGCCUAUAGCUGGAUUGGAUGAAGUACGGUUGCCCACUUGCAAGUGUGGCUUUUUCUUGCGCCAUCAGUUUGGUGAUGCCCUUUCGGCCACAGAGACCAACACAAUUCUCAAGCAAACGGGGUGGUGAUUUUAAAAUGGGGGCCGAGAUGGGCACACUGUAAAACAAAUGCCAAAUUAUGCAAGGUGCAUACAUUUUAUUUAUUCUUCUAUAAAUACGGAUUUGAAGAUCUUUGAUGACAAUGGAUUAUAAUCUAUGCAACCAAUGUCAAUAGUACAAAUGUUACUUUUUUUCAUAUUAUUGAAGGAAAACGUGGAAGACAGAAGAACAAACUAUAGAAACUUAAAAACCAGCCUGGUCCUCAUGACAGGAUGGCCGCGACAACGUAUUUGUCCCACAAGAACUUGUUUCUUGUCAUUAGAACUGUCGUUAACUGCAAAUCAACCAACAGCAUCUGAAGACACCAUCUUGCUUUGAGGCGCUGAUCUCCAGUCACAUUUCCACGAUGGAAGUCACCAAAGCAGCACACAAGCCAACACUGCAGAGGAGACGGGCCAUUCUGCCUUUAGAGGAAAGCAGGCUACACAUUGGAUCUGCACAGAAAUAAAAUGUUAUGAUGAACAAAACAUAUUCAUCUUCCCUGCA